AUGUCCGAGCCCAAUUUGAGACCGUUCGAUCUGAAAGGCCAUUUCUCGAGAAGCUCACAGAAGAGAGCGCCAAAUGUUCUCAAGGAAUACUAUAGAUUUCUGCGUGUCCCAGACAUGAGAAACCUUGCAGGAGGUCUUCCAUUCUCAGCAAACUUCCCAUUUGAGAACAUAGAGCUUUCAGUGGUCAGACCAGAGAGCCAUUUACAAGAAAACAGCGAGGGUCUCAAGUUGGGAAGUGCAGAAGAUUUCACAAACAAAUUGCACAUCCCGCGAACUGUCCAAGGCUCGAAUUCUGUGCGUAGAGUCGAUCUGGAUACGGCCCUUCAAUACGGCAGUGCCCAAGGCUAUCCGCCACUCUAUGCAUGGCUUCGAAAGCUAGUAAACACGGUGUACCAUCCAAAUAUACCUUACGAAGGCCAGGCCGAUGUCAUGAUCAAUGGUGGGGCAGCGGAUGGACUCUCUAAAGUCUUUGAACUGUUAUUCAAUAAUUGGGAUGCAGAUCUGAAUGAUGUUCGAGAUCGGGAGGGCCUCCUUGUUGAAGAGUUUGUUUAUGGGCCACCGAUCGCCCAGAUUAAGCCAAAAGGUAUCAAUGUGGUUCCUAUCAAGAUGGACGCAGAAGGCAUAUUGGCACAUGGAGAUGGCAGUCUGUCCCACGUGCUCCAAACCUGGAACUCUGCACUAGGAAAGAGGCCACAUGUGGUAUAUGUUAUACCGACGGGUCAAAAUCCCACUUCUGGUGUACUUUCCCUCAAACGGCGAAUCGAAUUGUACGAAGUUUGCUCACAAUUCGAUCUUGUUCUGAUUGAGGAUGACCCUUACUGGAACCUAUACUAUCCAUCCACUCUUUCAACGGCGACUAAGUACCGAGGCCGACCUAUGUCAGCAGACUUUCCAACGGAUCCGGAUCACAACUAUUGCACGGGAUCUCUGGGCGGCAGGUCCACUGGUCAUAGGUUCCUUGAUCAGCUUGUUCCGAGCUUUUUGAGCAUUGAUCGGGAUGGGCGAGUGAUUCGGCUCGACUCUUUCUCCAAAACCAUCGCGCCGGGAUGCAGACUCGGAUGGAUUACCGCCCAGCCAAGCGUUUGCGAGCAGCUUUUCAGAAUCACCGAUAGCACCACCCAGCAGCCCUCUGGAUUCGUCCAAGCUAUAGUUAUGCAACUUCUCGGUGACUUGGAAACUCCUUCUUUUGCCGAGUCCACAUUAAACUCGAAUGGGAAACCUGCAGGCUGGGGACUGAAUGGCUGGGUCAACUGGCUCGAGGGCCUUCGCUCUACCUAUGAACGCCGUAUGAACGCAAUGGCGACAGUACUCGAGGAGAACCGAUAUGUGUCAUCUGAACAUGGACAGACGGAGAUGUUCUCAUUCAACUGGCCUAUGGGCGGGAUGUUUCUCUGGGUUCGGGUCCACAUUUCUAAUCACCCAUUGAUAUCUGUCGAUCCAAGGCGCUUGAUGCUAGCAUUGUGGCUUCACUGCACUCAACAACCUUAUCGAAUAUUGGUGGUUCCUGGCGGAGACUUCGCAGCCACCAAAAAGAUAGAAGAUGAUCAUGGGUACUUGUUCUUCCGAUUCUGUUUCGCGGCAGUCGAGGAAAGCGCAUUGGUAGCCUCCUCGAUGUCAUUUGCAGAAGCUUGUCGGAGUUUCUGGGAUAUCCAAGAUAUGGAGGUCAUCGAGAAGAUAUUGCAAGAGAAUGCUGAUGAAGGCGAGGAUGAGUUCGAUCGAGAGAUCAUCGAGGACUAG